AUGGACUCUGCUCCAUCAAUGGUUCAUCGUGCUGGCGACACAUUAAUUGUACGUCGAGUUGUAAGCGGUGAUCAAUUGGUGUUAGAUCAAAAAGGCCAAUCAGUUCAAGAGUGUAACGAAGCAAGCAAUGCGCUCCUAGACUUAAGAAAAGAUCCCAAAGAUCACACUCAAAACGAAGUUCAACAGUUUCAACAAAAUCAUUCACAAUAUCCAUUGCCAAUCUCCUUGCCACCUGCAGUUAUUGCUGCCUUGACAUUCCAAGCGGCAAACACAUUUAAGCUUGAUAACACUCGAAGUGACAAUUUUAAUCAAGAUCGUCAAGAUUACGAUCAGGAAUUGUCAGGAAAUAAAAGUGAUUCCGAUGCCAACCUUCCCCAAUGCAAAAUUAAAAGAAAUUAUUCAUGCAAUAACUGUUCCUUUUUCACUCAAAACCCACGAAAAUUUCUCGUGCAUUUGCGUGAUGUGCAUGGUGAGAAAAUAGUUAUCAACGAAUGUAAGUUUUGCCUUUAUGCGUCACGACAUUAUCAAAAGCUUGUUCGUCAUAUGAAAAUGGUUCAUGGCUCUACCGAAGGUAUAAAUGAACCGGGACACUUUCGAAGACGAGAAAAACGACGAAGAAUGAGUGCUGAUGCACGACAGAAAAUUUCGUUACCCGCAUUUCCAACAUCAACAAAGACAGUUACCGAUUUGACAGCAAUCAAUCAAAUGCUACAAUUACAAAAUCAAUUGCACAUGCAAUUGCAAGCACAGCUUCAAUAUCAAGAGUCCCUUCCACAAGAUAUUCUAAGCGAUGAUGAAAUGGAAAGCCUCGAUUUGACGAUGAACAUUUCGCCAAAUGGCACAAAAGUCUUCAAAUGCAUCAUCUGUGAAUUUUCAACUGUUGAUGAACCGCAGAUUAUUCAACAUGAGAAGGACAAACACAGUGAUACAAAAUUCUAUCGUUGCGAAAAAUGUUCAUAUGUGACUCAUAUCAAAGCUAGAUUUAGCAAGCAUGUCAAGUAUCAUUCAAUGCCAAUGAUAAAAUGCAUGUUGUGUGACUUCCGAACACCGUACAAGUGGAAUCUUGACCGACAUAUGAAAAAUCAUGGCGGAAAUGGACCAUUUAAAUGUUCUGUGUGUAACUUUACAGCCGACAUAAAACAGAGCCUUACAGUUCAUGAAAUGAAUCAUCAUAUACCGCCAUUAGCUAAUAGCGUUGAUAUUGAAAGAACAAUUGAUGAUACGCCACCUGAAAAUAUGAAUAUUUUUGAUAUGUUUGCCAUCUCUAAUAUUAUGCAAAAUAAUGAACAAUUGUUCAUCGACUCUUUCCAGAAUGACUCGAGUAAUUCUAAGGAAGGCGAUUUACAGUCGAAUUCAAGUCCAGGCUCCAAACGUAAAAAGCCUAUGCCUCCAUUGAUUCCAAUUAAAAUGGCACCAAAUUCUUCAGCGAUGAACUUGUCAAAUAAAUCGGAUUCAGAUGGUAAUCAUGAAUCAAGUGACGCAGAAGAUGGUGCGGAAUCCGAGAGACAACAGUAUAAGAUUAUAAGUUCACUUUUGCAAAAGCCAGAAUUGAGUGUUGAAAGUGUUUACAAGUCCGGCGCGGGACCAAGCACAAGCGAUAAUCUAGCAAAUUUAAAGAAGAAAAGUUCGUUCUUUGAUGUAUUACGGAAGAAGUUAAUUGAGGGAAAUGCAACAGGAAAUGAUGAUAAAGAUCUUGCUUGUAAAUGUGGCUACGAAGCGAAGACAUUAUCGGAUUUAAUAAUUCAUCAGAAAAUGUGCAAUCAUGAUAAGGCAAUGUUAUUAGCAAUGGGUUCAACUCGAUGCCAAUAUUGUCGGUUAAGAUGUAAGUCCAGCCAUGAGCUUGGAUUGCAUUUACAGAAGUGUCCAGAAGCACAAGCUGUUAUUGAGUGUUUGGACUCGUCAUCAGAGGCGAAUGGCGAUGAUAAAGCAAUGGAAGACUACAUGUCUGAUGAAGCUGCCAUCGAUAAUCCUAAUGCAAGCGAUCGUCAUCCAAUGGAGAAUAGAGUUUUUGUUUGGAACAAAACUAAAAAUGAACCAUCUGACACUAACGAUGAACGAAAUGACGAUUCGGAUGAUAAUAAUUUGGUGGUGAAUGAAGAUGACGAUUUACCGGAAACUCCAACAUUAACUGAUAGCGAGUAUUUGGGAGUAGAAUCAGCACCCGGCUAUGGAGAAAUAACAAAGAAAAUUGAAUCUGGCGAUGAAGUUGCAAACACUGCAAUGAAAAAAGUUUUCAAAUGUCCUCAUUGUUCAUUCUGGGCUUCAACAGCAUCGCGAUUUCAUGUACAUAUUGUGGGUCAUUUGAAUAAAAAACCAUUUGAAUGUUCUUUAUGUGCUUAUCGUUCUAACUGGCGAUGGGACAUCACAAAACAUAUUCGAUUGAAGUUGUUGCGCGAUCCUCAACACAGCGAAGCUAAAGUUCUGAUGAACGAUGAGACGGGUCGAAGAAACUAUUCAAAGUAUAACAAAUACAUCACUUUGAUGAGAGUUGUCGACAAAAAGCACGAUGGAAAGCUUUCGAAAUCUGGUGUGGUAUCGUUGAAUUACUCACCAAAAUGUUCCCUAGUGCAAGAGAACAACAUUCAAUCUCCACCAUCAUCAGCGUCAACGCCAUUAUCGGUUUAUUCCGAACCUCAAUUGAAUCUUCAAUCAUCGGCGUCUUCGCCUCUAAAUGUUAGUUCUAUGCUUCUUGAACAUCUCUCGAAAGAUAUGAAUUUCUUGAAAAAUCUUCAGAAUUUCAACAUUGUUGCACAUGCUUUCAAUUCACAAAAUAUUCUUCAACAUCAACAGCAACAACAUCAACAACCAGAAUUACAAGAAGCAGAAAAAUCAAAAGAAACGGAAAAUGCAAAGAAGACACAUUUCAAGUGCAAAAAAUGCAAUUUCAAGCAUCCUGAUCGAGAGGUCGUGUUGGAACAUGUAAAAACGCACUAUCGCGAAGAUGGAACGCCACAAGAAAAGCCUUCAAACACAGGAAUGGAACUAGCUGCCCCUCCACCGCCUCUGCCAAUACAAAUGCCAUUUCAAAUCAUGAAUAAUCUUUUAAACGGACAUGCUGGUACAUCAACAUCGACAAAUGUUCAUAACAGAAACCUUCUAACAAUUGGUGGUGGUGUAAAUCAAACACAAGCUAGUAACUCAAAUGCGUCCAGUUCACAGCAAACACUCAAUUUUAAUUCUCAAAACACUUUAUCAGUGAUACCAACGUCGUUGUCGUCCCACGACGGUGGUAAAAGUAAUAACGGUAUGCCGGAGACAACCUCGACGAACACAAGUUCGUUAAAAGGUUCUUUUCGUUGCGGGCAUUGUGGCCAAAUUUCUAACUGGAAGCAUGUAAUUCAGCGCCAUUGCCGUUUAAAGCACAAUGGAGACAUCCGCAUCGAAAUAGCUGGUCAGAAAAGUGAAAAAUCAAUUCGACCAAAUAGCAAUCAACAUCAUUUCAUGCAAUCAACCCCAUCAACAUCGACUAUGGUUAAUCAAAUGUCAUCAUCAACAAUUGAUAAAGGGUUCAAGCCAAUUAUCUUACCACCACGAAUCCCACCAGCUCUAAUUCUCAACCCAAAUAUUACAACCAUCAUAAGUCCUAUAAGUAGUGAAGCCAAUACACAGCUUGUUGACAAUCAUAACAAAGAAAUAUCUUUGGCUUCUAUGUUAAAAGUAGAAAUAAACAGUGGGGAAGAUCAAGAUAAAGUUGAAACUGAAAUUCCAGCGAAUACAAUAUUUGUUCAACAAGGUGAAAUGUUAGGAACAGAAGCAUCAUUACUGGUUAAUCUCAAUCAACAAAUUGGCCAGAAAGCAAAACGUUAUAAGUGUGAAAUGUGUCCUUACGAGACAGAUUCCAAAUCACAAUUCCAAUAUCAUUCGAGUUUUCAUAAACCUAGUCGCAAUGAAAGUUACCAAUGCAAAUAUUGUUCGUAUAAUGUUUCGAAACGCCACUUAUUGAAUCAACACAUGAAAAUGCAUACAGCAUGCGGAAGUGGUGGAAAUUUAGAUGAAUUAAAUGAAGUUCAAAUAGGCGCUUCAAACAUAGAACAGGGCAAUCAAGAAAUUCUUACAAAUGUUAACGAACGGUACAUGCAUUUCUGUUCAAAGUGUCCUGGACGUUAUUUGUCAUUAAAGGAAAUUAUCAGUCAUCUAAAGCGUCAUGAAGUGAAUUCCAUCCAUAAAUGUGAUUAUUGCACAUUUUCGUCAUCUGAUGACUCGGAUGUGAAAGCACACAGUGCUGUUCAUACAUCUUAUUAUCAAGAAAAGACUAAAGAAUUUAUGGCAAAAUAUAAGCAAGCCACUGAUUAUCCAAAUCCAGAAUUAUAUACAGCAAAACAAGCUUUGGAUGAUUCAGGUGCUAAUGAUGAUGUUUGGGUUGUAAAAAAGGCGAAUGAACAGCAAAAGAAUCGUGAACAAGAAAGUACUUCUUCUGAUGAAAACAAAAUAGAUGAAAAAUGUUUAUAUUGUCCAUUCCAAGCGACUUCCUUAGAGGUAUUGAAGAACCAUUUACAAUUUCAUUACGCAAUCAGUAAUCAAAAUCGUCCACAAAAAUGCAAAUAUUGUGACUUUUCAUGUGAUCACUUUGAACGUCUUCGUGAACACAAUCAACUUCAUUUUUCGCUUUUGCUCAAGGGGAGUAAAAACUUGGAUAUUUUCACAUCUUUUCGAGGUCUAGAGUUGAACAUAUCGAAAAUAAAUCCAAACUCUAACGAUGCUAAUAAUAAUGUUAAUGGAGAGAAUUUAAUCUUCAAGGAAAAAGACGUGACAAUUGAAGAGCCUGAUAAUGCAAACAAAGAGAAAAUUAUCAUUGAUGUUUGAAAUUUAAACAUAUUUAUUAUUUAGUUACAUAGUUCUAUUAACAAAAUUUGAGAGAAACAUAUAUCUAAUUACUUUAGAAAUUUUUGAUUGGGUUUAUCUUUUAUAACUUUAAAUUUACCAAUUUAUUUAUUCACUUAUAAAAAUACUUGUAAACAUAAAAUUUAACAUUUUCAAAGUAAGGUUUUUGAGGGCAUUUUCUUUAAGGAAGCUAAUAAUUAUGUAUAUUUUUAUUCAUUCAUAGUAACUAAAUUAAAAAAAAUAACUCGACCUUAAGUUUAACUGCUCGAUUUGAAGAUAUCUAGGAAUCAAUCUUGAGUUAUUAUUAAUAUUGUCAUUAAAUUCAUAAAUCUUAAUGAAACUAUUUUUCUUGUUUAUAAAUUAACCAAUUUUCUUUUCAUUUUUUAAACACAAGCCAAAAGCAAUAAUCGCAUUAAUUCUAUGAAGAUAUCUAUCCACUUGUAAAACGAUUGUAAAUAAGAAAUGAACUAUAAAUUAGAUGUAUUAAAGAAUUCAUGGAAAUUAUGAAAAUAAAAUGUACCAGCGUAAAAAUGAACCAAAGGAGAAAAAACCAAAAUGAAUAUUUUGAUGGCAAAAUCUAAAAUAAGAAGUAUCUGUCUAAAUAUUUAGAAAAAAAAUUCAAGAGUUAUAUUUAAAUGAAUUUCGAAAAAUAUUAAGUAGGUUAUUUUAUGAUCACAUUGAUGCAAUUCACUGUAUGCAAUUUUAUGUAACAAUAACUGUAUAAAAGGAAAGAAAA